AGAAAUCCAAGAGGGAAACGAUUGCUGGAUGUCACAGUUAAGCGACGGAGCGAUAAUGCUUGCAGUAACUUUAGUAAAGCUGGAAAUCUAUGCUCGCACGUCAUCGUUCGCUUUGCUGAGCAAACCAUGACCCUCUUGAUGAUAAAGAGCUACCUAGGCACGGAGCAAGAUCGCCAUUGAGGUGACCACGGAUCAAUUGUUGGUGAUAUAAAUACCAUGUUUUCCCACUCUCUACCCCUUUUGAUAUAAAGAUAGACAAGCGACCCCUAGAAUUGAGUUUAUAUCCCGUGAUUAUUUUCUGGUGACUCGGUGGACACUUGGAACCCAGUGGAAUUGCAUCAACACGGCGCAUGAUUCUGCAACCCGGUCAAGAGCCUCGAACGAAUCCGACUUCAGCAUAAAUACUCGCAACGUCGAUAACCCUGUCGACCAAGACAGCCCAGUUGACUCCUCAAGAGCACACACAACCAUGGGCAACACAAACAUCGAGAACAAGGCAGCCUCCGGGGUGCCUUACUUCACCCCGGCCCAAGAACCACCGGCCGGAACCCCGCUCAAGACCGAUUCGGCCCCGACGCUGUUCAAGUCUCUCCGCAUCCGUGGCGUUGAGGUGCAGAACCGCUUUGUCGUUUCUCCUAUGUGUACUUACUCCGCCAAGGAUGGGCAUCUAACAGAUUUUCAUCUUGUUCACCUUGGCCAGUUCGCCCUUCAAGGUGCUGGCCUCGUCUUUGUGGAGGCCACCGCCGUUGAACCUCGUGGUCGGAUCAGUCCUGAGGACUCUGGUCUCUGGGAUGAUGGUCAAAUUGUUCCUCUGAAGCGUAUCACUGACUUUAUCCAUAGCCAAAACACAAAGGUUGCCAUCCAACUCGCUCAUGCUGGCAGAAAAGCGAGCACAGUUGCACCUUGGAUCGGCGGUACUGUAAACAAAGCACUUGCUACCGAAGAAGUCGGCGGCUGGCCAGACGAUAUUGUCGCCCCCAGUGCUAUUCCGUUCGCUGAAGAAUUUGGUACACCUCACGAGUUGACGACUGAGGAGAUCAAGCAUCUUGUGCAGAAAUGGAAGGACUCUGCUAUAAGAGCUGUCAAGGCUGGCUUUGAUGUCAUUGAGAUCCACGCGGCUCACGGCUAUCUCCUGCACCAGUUCCUCUCCCCUCUCUCCAAUAAACGUACGGACCAGUACGGAGGUAGCUUUGAGAACCGUACUCGUCUGCUCUUUGAGAUUAUUGAAGCUAUUCGGGCUGUUGUUCCUGAGGAGAUGCCCGUCUGGGUGCGGAUCUCUGCUACCGAGUGGAUGGAAUGGAACAACGAACCUUGCUGGGAUCUCGAGAGCAGUAUUCGGCUCGCAAAACAGCUUCCUGACGCAGGAGUUGACGUCCUCGACAUCAGCAGCGGAGGCAACUUGAAGGCGCAAAAGAUCAAGGUCCAUCAAACCGUCCAGACCGACCUGGCAGGCAAGAUUCGCGAUGCCGUCCGUGCUGAUGGAAAGGAGCUUCUGAUUGGAACUGUUGGUUACAUUACAGAUGGUCCAUUUGCUCGUUCACUCGUCCAGAAGAACGAGGACCCCAAGGCUGAUCUCGUGCUUGCUGCAAGACAAUUCCUCAGGGAGCCCGACUUUGUUCUCAGUGCGGCUCAUCAGCUGAACGUUGAUGUCAAGUGGCCGAUUCAGUAUCACCGUGCACCACCUAAACCUCGAGGACCUCACAGCAAGUAGAGAAGUGGGAGACCCACGUAAUGGUACACGAAGCACUGAGCACUGAGCACUAUCAAGCCAUAGAAAGAUAGCAUUGAAUUGAACAGGAUUACGACUUUGAAAGCUGGGGACCUCUUUGAACCUUCCUUGGCUUGGAACCGAAAACCUAUAACAGCAUUAGCCGUGUAUUAGUUGGCUAUUACCACCAAGCCAGAAGCUGAUGAUCCUAUACUUGAUAAAGUUGGGUAGCAAUGGGAGGCAAGAAACUUGAUAUCUCUCAUCCAAGUUAUCAAAAGACGUUGGUAAGCUUAGUAGUUAUGUCUUAUCAGUACUUGAGGUCAAUUCAGGUAUUUUGCAUCUUGAUUCAGUAUCAGGAGUUUUCUUGCUCCUAGAGGGCGAGGAGUUUUGUCCAGUACAUACCUAGGUAUGUGACAACGGAGGCAUCAUGGUGGGGCCGUAAACUGACCGUUUCCGUGGGGCCGAUGAGCUGAGUAAAGCGGGAUCAUGUUUCGCCUCAUUCUUGUGACAUGACAUGUCUUUGCUUCUCACGGGGAUCUCAUAUUGCCACUUGUCCAUCUUUGACUCAACUGCAUACAUAAUUUCAGCUGACUACCUUAGGUACCUAGGGAGCUGGACUAGCAUCGGCAUUGGUGGAUUCAGAAGGUGUAUGGCAUGAAUGAUGUCCAAGAACUCAGAAUGCUAUGGCCGUUGGGAUUGGUCAGAAGGGAAAAGAAGAGUUAGGCCAAAAGAAUAUGGUUUAGAGGCUGGAUUGGUAAUUCGUGGAAAAGAAUAGCGAGCAAUAAGUAGAUGAUGAAAUGCCAUUCAUCUAAUUCUAACUAUCCGUAUGUGAGCAACCCCUCUAUCCAUGGAUGUCACGUUCAACAUAUUGGCAAGGCUGGGCUGUGUAUGUAUGUACAAGUAUGUUAGUACCUUGGAGGCUGUCAC